ACAUUUAUUCUGAAGAAUUCAUGUAAGUGCAACAAAAAUACAUGCUUUAAAUUUCUGCUUUUAAACCCUUGAGUGCACUUGCCCCAUAGACUUGUAUUGUAAGUGCAUUAGUUUAAACAUGAUUUUGGUUUGUUUUUACAUACUAAGUGAAAUGCAGCCACAGUUAUUUUCUGUGAUUUGCGACUGAAGGCCACAGAAGCUCUUUAAAGAGUUGUUGAAUCCAGAACAUAAGUUUCAAGCUCAGGGCUGGUAACCCGUUUCUGGUUAGAUCCCUGCAAGGAGGGAGCCACAAACCAUCACUAUUCUAUUCUAUUCUAGCACACAUUUUGUAACAUGUCUCUCUCUGGUGUGUGUAGGUUCCUCAGUGGUGUGUGGAGUAUGCACUGUCUCAUGAGUUCUCUCAGGGUUUAGUUUGCUGUUGUCAGCCAUACGCUGCGGCCGCCUGCAGUCUUGCACUCAGAGUAGCAGAUGAGAUGGACUUAAGUUUGGGGUUAGAGGUCGGCUACAGGGUCCCACAUGAAGACGGCUGCACUCCUGACACUAUACUACGGUUUGUGACAGACUCUCUACUGCUAGAGGAAAUGAUGUCAGAUCCUCUGCUGAGGCAGUACAGUGUUCUGGUCAUCGAUGAGGCUCAGGAGCGGACGGUAGCGACUGACGUUCUGUUGGGUCUGUUGCUUGAUGUGUGUCGUCAGCGCUCUGAUCUGAGGGUGGUGGUCCUCACCGCACCUGCCGUUGCUCAAACCUUCACCGGGUUCUUGGGAGAGAGCGUCCCUCACCUGAGCAUCCCCUCAGAAACAAAGACACUGGAAAUUCUGUACCGAGAGCUGCCGACAGGACGCAAUCUGACCACUGCUUCCUGUCAGAUGAUACUGGAUCUGCACCGCAGGGGAGGGGAAGGCGACAUACUCGUGUUUCUGCCCAGUGUGCAGGAGAUAAAUGAGUGUUGUGUAGUGUUAGAGAAAGAGUGUGUGGCUCUGAGCGCUCAUCUGGGGUCACUGCGGGUCAUUUCACUCCACACUGGAGACGGUGCUUCAUCACAGCAGGUUUAUGAAUCUGAGAGCACUGAAGACAAACAUCAGGACAAGGAGGCGGCUGGUCUCGAGGUGUCUGGUGCUCCAUCUCUUAGGCGAAGGGUCAUCCUCACAAAUGUGUUAGGAGAAGCUUCAUUCUCACUCAACAACAUCCGAUAUGUCAUCGACAGCGGUGUUCACCUCAAGACUAUCUACAACCCUCAAAUUAGAGCUGAUUCUCAAAUUCAGAGACCAAUCAGUAAACAGCAGGCCGACACACGUGCAGAUAGGGUUAACAGCAAACUACCAGGUGUGUGUUUUCGCCUGUACUCUCAGUCAGUCUAUGAAGAGGGAAUGUCUGAAUGUCGCUGCCCGGCUGUGACAGAAGCAAACCUCAGUCAUCUGGUGCUGCUGCUCAAGAGACUGGACAUCGCUGACAUGGGCCAGUGCAAAUUUCUGGACCGGCCAGCUCCUGAAGCCCUCAUGCAGGCUCUGGAGGAUCUGGAUUAUUUAGCAGCUCUUGAUGAUGAUGGGAAUCUUUCAGAAGUAGGAAUCAUCAUGUCAGAACUUCCUCUUGAACCUCUGUUAGCUAAAGCUCUGAUCGCAUCCUGUGAAUUUGACUGUGUCAAUGAACUCCUCACCAUUGCUGCCAUGCUGACCGCGCCACCAUGUUUUUUACCUCCUCCAGCAAACAAAGAGGAGGUGGCAGCAACUCACAGACACCCCCUGCUGCAUCCAGAAGGAGAUCACAUGACCCUCAUUAAUGUCUAUAAUGCCUAUGUGCAGCAUAAUGAAGAUGAGAUCUGGUGCAGGACAAACUUCUUAAAUGUCUCUGCAUUACGAUUGGCUGUGGUAAUAAGGGCGGAGCUACUGGAGGUGAUGCAGCGAAUCGAGUUGCCUGUGUCUCCACCAGCCUUUGGUUGCCAGGACAACAGCACCAAUAUAAAGAGAGCUCUGAUCUCAGGGUUCUUCUUAAAGGUUGCUCAUGAUGUUGAUGGUUUGGGAAACUAUCUGUUGCUCACUCACCAUCAUGUUGCUCACCUCCACCCAUUCUCAUCAUACCUGUGUCGCUGUCCACGGCCCAACCCGCCAAACUGGGUCCUUUACCACGAUUUCACCAUCUCCCACGACAACUGCAUCUGUGUCGUAUCUGAGAUUCACCCUCAAAUGUUGGUGGAACUGGCUCCUCAGUACUAUCUAGGUAAUCUUCCGUCGAGUGAAGGUCGAGAUCUUCUGAUGGAGUUCAGACAGAGUUUAUUUCCUCCAGAAGAUCAGAACACAAACUCUCAGGAGAAAAGCCAUGAAGCAGAAGCUCAUGAUCAGUACAGCACAGAGAUGUGUGUCAUAAACUGAGCAACAGAACACUUGGGGAUUAUACUGCAGUAAGUGAAACACACGCGAUCUGCUCAUCCAGCAGCUUUGUCUUGUGCAAUGAACUCUAGAUGAGAUGUCCGAGAUCAACAGCCUCAAUGAAUCGAACAUGGGUCAGAGUUUUCAUCAGGCCCACUUUUCUUUCUAUAUUUGAAGUGCUAUAAAUUAUAUAUUUUUAAUAGUGAUGUAAUGGGAUGUUUCUGAAUCAGUUAAGGGAAACGCAGUAUCAGCCCUUCUAGAACCAACCCAAUGACGUUAAAUUGCGUUAUUCUGUUGAAAUGACACGGUUGUCUGUGUAUACAUCAGAUUCGACUGAUACUCACUCAAACUCCAUGAAACACGUGAAGGGUUUUAUUUGCUCCCUGCACUUCUAAAGUUUUAAAUUAUUAUUUUUAAAUUCAUCUUCAUUGGACAUUUACUGACAGAACACAAUGAUAAUCAAUGUAUUGAACCUUAAUUGAUGGAUUUUGUAAAUCUGAUGACAGAUUAUCAAUGAUUAACACUGGAUUUCUUUUUUUCUUUUUUUUUUUUUUUUAUCUUGUUGCACCGUCUCUCAGCUCACUGGCAAUUCUGUGCAUAAACUGUGUGUACAAAUACCGGAUUUUAAUACAAUUGAAAACGUUCACACUUAUUAAAAGUUGUUGGGCAUCCAUUUGCAAUUUUUAUUUUAAUUAAUGUAUUUAAGUUCAUGCAUCAAUGCUUAUAUCACCCUUAACUCUAUAAAUGCCAUGGAAAGAAAAUUUAUAAUCUAAUGUUCCCAGGAUGGAAACAAGGUAAAACACAUAUACUGGUUAAUGUAGGAUUGCAAAACAUGUUGAUCCCUGUAUUUAGUGACAGACAGUUGUUA